CCCCCUGACCUCCAAGAGCGGCUAUGCAGUCUUGCCUCUAGAGUUGAAGAACAUGUGAAUGGAGCAGUUGGACCAUGUGGAGGCUUUUCGGACACUUAUGCAGCUUUAUGUGACUUCAAUGAGUUCCCUUGCUGUAUGGAAGUUCAGUGGGUCUGUGGACGUCGAUAACAUUUACCAUGUUCAGAACUGUCGGGUUUUCAACCUCAUUGACUUCAGUCAUUUAGACAGCAGAGACUUGGCUUUAGCAGUGGGUGCCUUGUCCUUCAACCAAUGGUUCACCAAGAUAUGCAGCAAGGACUUCAAACUGACCCCUGAUGUGCAGGAGCAGGUCCUCUAUAUGAUCGCCCGGUCCUGUGCUCUGGAGGAGGUCAGUCUGGAGGCCAGCGGACUCAAAAUGGAUUUUGCUGUGAAGUUGGCCGGCGCUUUUCGGGACAGUUCUGCCUCUGCUGUUCAUAUCAUCAACCUCUCUCUCAAUGCUAUUGAAGAUAAAGGAGUGAUUGCUCUCAGUCAGAGUUUGGGCAAAUU